AUGGAAGCUUCACGCAAAUUCGGCCACCCAACUCCUAGCAACCCCGCCCAAGGCGAACUAAUAGGCACUCGUCCACGCAAGUACAUUAAUCAUCCUGUCGACCUUCCCGCCUUGUCCUCGCUGCGGGAUAUCGUCUCUCGACCCCCGCCCUUUCCGUCGAUGCCGCUUCUCGCCCUUGCACCCCGCGCCUCCUCCUACCUCGCCUCCGCCUCCAGAACGGCUCCGUCGCGAAUAGCUUCACUGACCCGCCACCUGUCGGCAUCUUCUUCGUCCGCCAUGGCCCCCAUCACCAAGGAAACGGACUACCUCGUCCUCGGAGGCGGCAGCGGCGGCCUCGGCUCGGCUCGCAUGGCCAGCGCCAAGUUUGGUGCCAAGGCGAUGAUUGUCGAGGCCAAUCGGCUCGGCGGAACCUGCGUCAACGUCGGGUGUGUGCCCAAGAAGAUCACGUACCACGCCGCCGCCAUCGCCGAAACGCUCCACGAGGCCACGGCCUACGGCUUCUCCGUCGAGGAGUCGGCGCCCUUUGACUGGACGACGUUCAAGACGAAGCGGGACGCGUACAUCGAGCGGCUCAACGGAAUCUACGCGCGCAACCUCGACAACGACAAGGUCGAAUACCUUCACGGCUGGGGCCGGCUGCUGUCCAAGAACCAGGCCGAGGUGACGCUCGACGACGGCUCCAAGGUGCUCGUCAACGCGAAGAAGAUCCUCAUCGCCGUCGGAGGCCGGCCCAACCCGCCGCCCAAGAUCCCCGGCGCCGAGCUCGGCAUCAACAGCGACGGCUUCUUCGAGAUUGAGAAGCAGCCCAAGAAGGUGGCCAUCAUCGGAGCCGGCUACAUCGCCGUCGAGUUCGCCGGCAUGUUCAACACGCUCGGGACCGAGACCCAUCUCUUCAUCAGGCACGACACCUUCCUGCGCAACUUUGAUCCCAUGAUCCAGGAGACGGUCACCAAGGAGUACGAGCGGCUGGGCGUGAAGCUGCACAAGAGGUCCAACGCGACGAGGGUGGAAAGGGACGCCGACGGCAAGCUCACCGUCACCUACAAGGAUGACGCCGGCCGCGAGAGUUCCGUGUCCGAGGUCGACACGCUGAUCUGGGCCAUCGGCCGAAGGCCCGAAACCCGUGGCAUCGGCCUGGAGGAGGCGGGCGUCAAGCUGAGCGACAAGGGCUACGUCGUCGUCGACGAGUUCCAGAACAGCAGCGUCGACAACAUCUACGCGCUCGGCGACGUGACGGGCCAGGUGGAGCUGACGCCCGUCGCCAUCGCCGCCGGCAGGAAGCUCGCCAAUCGACUCUUCGGGCCGUCGCAGUUCUCCACGGCCAAGCUCGACUACAACUGCAUCCCGUCCGUCGUCUUUGCCCACCCCGAGGUCGGCAGCAUCGGCCUGUCGGAGCCGCAGGCGGUGGAAAAGUACGGCAAGGACAAGGUCAAGGUGUACAAGACGAGCUUUACGGCGCUGUACUACUCCAUGAUGAACCCGGAGCAGAAAGGCCCGACAAACUACAAGCUCAUCGUCACCGGCCCGGAGGAGAAGGUCGUCGGCCUGCACAUCAUGGGCGCGGGCAGCGGUGAGAUGCUGCAGGGGUUUGGCGUCGCCAUCAAGAUGGGCGCCACCAAGGCCGACUUUGACAGCUGCGUGGCCAUCCACCCCACGAGCGCCGAGGAGCUGGUGACGCUGAAAUAG